AUGCAGAUCACGUGUGCGUCGAUCGGCCUAGAGCCUUUUCUGUGGUCCGCCCUAAAUCCUGCAUCUCUUUUUGACAUGGGGACAUGCGGGAGGAAGAAGCGAGACAGACGCCAUAGGGUUGGUGCCGGCGCGUCUGCUUGCCGCGCAUCGCGAAUCGAUGAGUGCGCGCGCAAACGGGUAGCCACCUCGCCGAUCAGACUCAUUCUGUGCGGAGUACUCGUCCAGAGCGGUCUACCGUGCGCUACCUUCUGGGCGAACCGUCGGCAGUCGUGCCGGCGCCGCCGUCGGCGAUGGACCACGACGAGGACAGGUCCUUGUCCCUGGGGACGGAGGUGUCAGCCUCCGUGCCGCCACCGAGCCCUCUCACGGGAUGCUAUCUGCUCGCUGUGA